AUGGCUCGGUCGAGAUCACGUUCACCAAGACGAGAUCGAAUUGAUGAUAGAAAGAAAAAAGAUAAGAAGCGAAGAAGACGAGAUGGAUCAAGCGACACUUCUGAAUCACAUAAACUCGGAAGCAUACUCCGGGAGCGAUCACGACGAAGUCGGAGCAUCAGCCGAGAAAGAGAGCGGGAUCGCGAGCGAGAACGAUCGGAGAGGGAUCGCGAUCGUGACCGGGACAAGGACCGUGACAAGCGAAGGCCUGUGUUGUCUUCGGAGGUGGAGCGAGAGCUCACAGGCUCUUUUGAUAUUUCCAAUAUAUCUACGGAGGCACGGGAAUGGCUCGAAGAGAGAAUUGCUGAACAGGUCCUCGAGAGGGUGAAGAAGUUGGAAGAGGCCAUGACGGAAAGCCAAAAAAGAGCACGAGCGGAGGUGGAAUCUCGCUUGAGAGCCCAAAUACUUGGCGAAAUGGAAGAGGAAAUGGCUUCCAUACGCAAGCGAGAAGAAGCCUCCAAGGCAAAGUGCGCCGCUCUUGAGAAAGAACUCGAGGAGAAAGUGCGGCAAGCCGAUGAGAGUGAAAAAAGGUUCAACGAGGAGCGGCUGGCAAUGCUUGCGGAACGAAGUGCAUUGGAACGUGAAAGGCAGGAAGUACUCCGUGAAAAGACUGCGUUGCAGAAGAAUGAACAACUUGCCAUCAUCAACAAGGGUGGAGCCGUUCGACCUCCAAUAAAGUUCUCAUUCGGGAAAUAG